CAACAUUAAAGUAUAUUGCCAUUAGCAACAUGGAGUACUUAAGAACUCUUCCCAUUCUCCUCCUCCUCCUCAGCCUAUUCACAUCCAGCUACGCCGCCACCUUCGAAGUCCGCAACAACUGCCCCUACACCGUGUGGGCGGCUUCGACGCCAGUGGGCGGCGGCCGCCGCCUGGACCGAGGCCAAACCUGGAGGAUCACCGCCCCAGCAGGCACGAAAAUGGCCCGCAUAUGGGGCCGCACAAACUGCAAGUUUGACUCUAGCGGGAGGGGCUCAUGCCAGACCGGUGACUGCGGCGGCGUGCUGCAGUGCACCGGGUGGGGGAAACCCCCCAACACCCUAGCCGAGUACGCCCUCAACCAGUUCGGCAACCUCGACUUCUUCGACAUCUCGCUCGUCGACGGCUUCAACAUCCCCAUGAGAUUCGCCCCCACCAAAGCCGGCGCCAACAAAUGUCGUGCAGUCUCAUGCACGGCGAACAUCAACGGCCAAUGCCCCGCCGCUCUGAAGGUUCCCGGCGGGUGUAACAACCCUUGCACCACCUUUGGAGGACAACAAUAUUGUUGCACCAAUGGACCAUGUGGUCCCACAGAUUUUUCGAGGUUUUUCAAGACUAGAUGCCCUGACGCUUAUAGUUACCCUCAGGAUGAUCCCACCAGCCUUUUCAAUUGCCCUGCCGGAAGCACGGAUUUUACCGUUACUUUCUGCCCAUGAAAUGUUAUAUUAUAGCCCUAAAAUGUUAAGAAUAAGUGGUCGAUCUAAGGCUGUGAAAUCUAAAUAAAAUGGAUGGUUUGUUGUACACAAUCCAUUGAUGAUCAGUUACAAUAAUAAAUGGUUGUAAUAAAAGGUUUCUUUAAUUUACUUAGGUUUUAUUA